AUGUGGGGCGACCUCGAAGUUGAUUCUGAAGGUUUCAUAGUAGAAUCUGGCGCUCUUGACCCCAUCGGCCCCCAAUUCUUCAUCCCCCAACUUCUAGAUGCCCCCCAGAAUCCCAUCUUGGACACAUUGAAGAGGCGUCCAUUCAGUCUUGACUUCAGAAUUGAUGGCGAUGGUCUCGCAAAUACUCACUUGGCACCUCUGAAACCCGCAAGUAAAGCUCGCUUGGAAGUUGCAUCAGUUCAGCGGAGGAAAACAGCAUCCUGGGACACGCUGUGUCUACUAGGAGCUACCGCCGUCGGGUCACCAUUCAUAUCGGAGCAGGACCAGCAAACUUUCGUUUCCAUACGGCAUCACGUCACCCCUCGUCUACGCGAUCCAUUUAUAGACAUAAUCCAUGUUUCUGAGGAACAGCUCAUGCAAUCACUCAGAUCGACGGUGCUUGGCUCGUCUUCUACCUUACACGUGUGGGAUCCCCUGGGGGAGCGAUUCGUCCUUCGCGGGGUACACACAGGGAACGAGGGGAUUUUGAUUAUCGACGGCAAGGACCAUUCUAUUGGCCAAAGUUCCAUCCAACUCUUCUUGACAAUAGGCACGCUCCUGCAUCGACUCGACGACUUUGUGGUCGUCUUGCGAAGAAGGUACGCUGCGCAGGGACCAACGGUCAACGCACUUUCGUAUGAGCUAUCUUCGAUCCUUCGAUACCUGCGAAACUGUCUCUCGACUUCAUCCGCCGACACACUGUCUUCGCUGCGCAUGCGCUUUGUGCCCUAUUACGACGCGCUGGACGCGCUUGCGCAGCUUUGCAGUCGGGAAGAAUCGCGCAUGCCCUCCGACUAUCCGGUGUUUGAUGCUUCGCCGCGAAUCGUGCUCGCCAACAUCUACCAGCAGCUGGAUCGGCAUGUCGAGCAGCACUCACUCCGCCUCGUGCAAGCGAUGGUCGCGCACAUGGUGAGCGUCGUGUCGCGAGACCUGAUCGAACAGACUUGCCACUCCGUGGGCUACGGCAAACAGCUGCUCUCGUCGUACGGCCACGAAAACCUAGUGGCCAGCGAUCAAUCCCUGCUCGUGGGGAUCUCGGAAGACGGAGGGGAUGUCCCUAAUGACGAUCCUGACGACGCGGAUUCGUCGGACUCUGGUGCUGAUCCUACGCCGUUGCCGCCCUUCUUCCCGCCGGAGCUCAUUGAAGGCCUCGAUGCCGCGCGAAAGUCAUUGAAGCUGUUGAAGGCAGCCCAAGCAGACCACCCCAUACUCGCAGAAGCCGAAACAUAUCCGAGCAUACGUUGGUUGUGGCGCGACGACCAAGUACUUGCUGCCUGGAGCGGGGUUAACGCAAGGAGUCCCGACGCCAAAGGAGGUGUUCUACCUACGUUAGUAUCCGAUGAUACAGUGGACUCCGCGCUGGCUGCUUUCCAUGUAUUCGACUUGGAACCCGGAACAGGGACCGAGCACCUGACGCAUGAUAAGUCGCAGGUCUCACUGAAUGAUCUGGAGGACUUCAUAGCCUCGUUCCCCAAUAACCUGCCCUCCCUCACGCCGACGCUUCCCCAGCUCUGCUCCUUAGUUUUCCGGCCUUUGGUUGAACACACCUCGCGAUUGUCGAACACGCUUUUGUCGCUCUUGCUCUCUCCCACCUCCCAUCUGCACAUCCCCACCCACCUACGACUCCUGCGCUCUUACUUACUACUAACAUCGCACGGCUACAAAUCGCGGCUUCUGGGGGCUCUGUUCUCCGACUCAGACGACUGCAAGGAGACCUCCGAAGUCCAGAUCUUCCUUUCCCGUCCCACCCCCACGUCGAAACAGAGCGAAUCAGAAGAAACUCGAAUAUGGGCCGUCGGGUUGGCUUCCACGCUUCUGCAGCGCGAUACGUGGCCUCCCGUUGGAACGGACCUGAGCUUCUUACUGAGAACAGUGAUCGUUGAUUCUCUUGAGCUGCGGAUGGAUACGGAUAGCGAGAACACCGACCAGACAUCGCGAAGUCGAAGGCGUAUCAUGGAGGAAGCCGAGUUCAGACUCGGGUUUGCGAUCCGCGAUUUGCCUGCUGAUACCGGGCGCGAGAAGUGGCUGAAUCCGUUGACUAUCGAGGCUUUGGACUUCCUGUACAUGGAUUAUAAGCCGCCACACCCCCUCGACGUGAUCAUAACGCCCGACGUGCUCUCCAAGUACCAAAGAGUCUUCGCCUUUCUCUUGCGUUUGCUCAGAGUCCAAUGCGCCAUCCAGGCCGCUUUCCGCAUGAUGCGCAGAGACACCCUAUUUCCAACCCUCACGCCAUCCAACAAACUCCUGCUCCACUGCCGCUUCGUCAUGCAAUCCUUCGUCUCCGCCGUCUCCGAGUACGCGUACGACACCGUCAUCGGGGGGAACUUCGACCCCUUCCUCGCGACGCUCACCCCCGACAUCGACCCCACUAUAGCAGGGUUCGCGGAUAUCUUCGCCCUGUCACGCGUGCAUUCGGGGCUGCUGGACGAUAUACUCAGCGCGCUGCUUCUGCGGUCCGGGCAGCGCAACGUGGGCGAUUUGCUGCGCCAUGCGCUAGAGUAUGUGCUAGAGUUUGCGGUUUUGGUGGGGCAGCUGAAAAGGGGGGGCUCGAAGGAGUACGAGGCCGCACCGCUGCUUGCUGACCUGCAUGCCAGGUUUCUGGCGAAGAUGGCCGUUUUGGUCAAGGUUUUGAAGGGCUUGAGCGAUAAGGGACGAUUGUCUGGCUCCACAGUCGAUGUCCUCGCUUUAAAACAGCCCUUGCGAGGGGUUCAAUGCCUUCACGACCUCCUUGUGAGGUUAGAUCUCGGGGAUUGGUGGCAAAAGAACUAG